AUGUUUAUCUUUCAGAAUUUUGAUGAGGUCUUCGACUUUGACCAAGACUGCUCGUAUAAUGAAUAUGCCGUGCAGGAAAUUGAGAGCAAUCGUAAGAAGCUUGAAGGCUUGUUCGUGGAUACUUUAUUAAAGAAUUUUGAAAUCCGUCGACCUGUUAAAUACUAUCCGCCGAAGUCAAAUAAUGACCUUAGAAACCUACACAAAGUCAUCAUCGACUCAGCGGGCGAGGAUCAUCACAAAUUAUCAGCACUGUAUUACAUACUGCUCGACUUCGAUGCUCCAACCGGACGGAGAGACUACUCUACUACAUUCGAACAGAAGUCUUUCUUGCCGCAGAGUUACCAAAUCUAUGUAAAGGGUCUCUGGCAUUUGGAUCGUCUUGAUUUUGAGUCGGCACUUCAAUAUCUGACCCAUCCAUCUUUGAUACCGAGCUUUGUGGAUGAAAUAUUAGAGGCUCUGGUGUUACAUUCCUCUGAAGAUCUCGCAAUUCCAUUGGCAUACUACCAUACCGUACAGCCAGCUUUGACUUCAUCCCGAGCAACGGAGAGUCUAUUUUCUGCUAUCGCAAGAACCAGUGUCACAGAAGCUUUCUACUUCUCACGAGGACAGUCGCAAUACAUGCAAAGACACUUGUUCGAAUUAUUAAUUGCAGCGGUUCUCAAGAAUUCUCCGCAAGAAACUAUCGCUGAUCGCAGUGUCGAGUUGGUAAAUUUGCCAUUCUCACCAGAAGAAGAAACUUGGUUCGAGGAUUACUUACUUCGUGGAGAAGGGAGAGCAAUAAGGAAGGGUCGAGAUACAAUCAUGAUGCGGCGAAUUGGUACUGGAAAGUUUUCGGAGACUCUACUGCUAAAAGGUAUUGGUGGUAAAUCAAUUGGAGGACUGGAUUGGGAUCGUUUAUUUGAACACUCCGAUCAGAAUGCCAACUCCAACAAGAACGGCUUCAAUAAUCGUCUCGAUAAAGCAAUUAUUAAGCAAGACCUCACUGCUGACAGACCGCAAUGGAUUCUUUCGGCGUACGGACCCGGGCGCCAUGCGCCAGAGCAAUUGUUUGGCGGGCCAACGCGAGAGCAAAGUUUUGAGGAGAUGCGCCUUCGCCACUAUGUAGCGGCAGCUUCUGGCAAUGUUCAACCCGCUAUACAAGAUGCAGAGAGACUAUGGGAAGAAGCGGAUCUACAAAUUCGGAAUGCGCUGAAUGAUGUGGAUGGCGCUAUAAAUUAUAUUAUCGCCGCCGAUAAUGAGCAUCCGAAUAGAAUUGAUUUCUGUCGUCAGCAGGCCACCUCCACAGAUCCAACACCUUGGGCUCAGCGAAACGUCGCCCCUUCUGGAAAUAAUGCUUUCGGUGCACCCAGUCAAAUAACUACCUCAGCAUUUGGACAACCACCCACCCAAAAUGGUUCUACAUUUGCGCAUCCACCCACCCAAGAUGGCUCUGCAUUUGGGCAACCGCCUACUCAAAACGGUUCUGCAUUUGGGCAACCUUCAAGUCAAAACUCCAAUGCGUUUGGUGUCCCUUCUCAAGGGUUUGUAGCUGCGCAGCAAGGUGGGACACCCGGUGGUUUUGGCCAGCCCUCAAAUUUGGGCCCAAAGCCAAGUGCUUUCGGUACAGCUUUUGGACAGCCUUCACAACUAGAACAAAGAGCAGGCGCUUUUGGAACUCCAUCAACCAUGGGACAAAACACGAAUCCAUUUGGUGCACCCUCAGAUAGCGGCACAAAUGCCGGACAGCCAGGCUUCUCUAAUUUUGGAGGUACAAGUAACCCAUUCGGUCAACCCAAUCCAGAACCCUUGGGUGGUGCGUUUAGUUCCAAUCCUCUUCCUCCCGGAAUCCAGCAACCGCAGGUCAAUCCGACGGCACAAAACAACAACUUCUUAGCACAAGGUAACUCCUUUGGUCAACCUCCGCCAACAAACCCCUUUGGCUCUAAUAACGGAAACACUCAACCUUUUGGUGCUCCUACUCCAGCGCCGAACAAUCCCUUCGGAGCUUUAAGCUCCCAGCCGAUAAAUGCCGUGCACAAUCAAUUUACGAACACUGGACCACAAGCACAGCAGUCUGGCCAUCAGCAAAACUUCGAAAACUUAAAUGCGAUCGCUGGCGCUCCCACUGCGCUGGGUGGCUCCAAUUGGAAUACCUUCAGCCCAAAUUUUCGACCACCACCACCAAAUGCUAAAACGUUAGAACAUCCUCCGGCUGAGAGCUAUAUUCGAUUGGGUCCAGAUGAUAUAUUGCAGGCUUUCAAUGGACUGCCAGUCGUUUAUAAGGAUGGAGAGCCAGGGACCAACAUAAACGGCAAGUGGUCCAAGAUAUGGUGUACAAAAGGGUAUCCAGGGCCAAACAAAACCACGGAAAUGGAGGAUGCAACUUUUGAUGAAAGCACAACUACUGCAUAUUUUCUGGCCAGGCAAACGGGAGCUUUUCCGGGAAAUGUUAUGCCUCUGAUACCACCAAAGAGGGAGUGGUGCUUGUGGAACUUUUGA